AUGCCUAGUCUGCGACAGUCGUACACGGUGACUGUGCCCGAGGAGUCGCCUGCUACCGCUUUCCCCUUCCUAAAGACGGACCUGCGCAGGAAGAGUCCUCCAAUGUCGCGGUCAAUGUUGAUGUCCACAUUUGUGGGUCUGCUUAUCAAUCAAGCCAAGGUGAGUGCGCCUUUUCGGUCUGCAAGCAAAGGCAUAUUCAGGUAGUCCAUGCACAACAGAUGUGGAGUGCCAUUAUGCCAUACCGUAAAUUGUGACUGAGAGCGAUCACAUUGUCAGACGAUUUUUUCAAUUAGGGGCAUACAUGAUAUUGACAAUAACAUGGAUAGAUUUGUUUCAGUUACAGGAGACAUUCCCACCAAAAUAAAUAAGCCCAGUAAAGGAUCAUGUUGGCAGCUAAACGUACUUACAUAAUAAUGCCACUUAUACUCUGUGAGCAACAGAUUAAAUGUGUUAUGAAAUUGCUUUUAGAGAUUGAGCCCUUUACACUGUUCAUUCCAUGUUGGAACUUGGAAUCUUGUCGGGUGCGUGGCUUUAAUAGUUAUUAAUUUGCAAAAGUAAAGUAAAGUAAUUUAAGUGAAUCACCUGUAGGUUGAAUAGGCAGUCCUACAUCCUCUCCAAGAAGUGAGAAGUUAUUUCGACACCCGUGAUAAUAGAAUAGAAUUACGAUAUGUGUGGUGGAAUGAUAAAAAUAAAAAUAAAAACGCAGGCCAAUUUAGACUCAGGUCAUUUAUGUUGUAGCUUUGUUUACACAUGUGGAUCCUAAUAGGGUAUGACAGUAUAGGAAUCGUUUCAAUCCAAUAGGAAAUGUUUCACAUUGUGUUCAAGGCGCGGAGCGCUCGAGCCAGCUGCCUGCCUGUCACCCUACUCGUACUGUCACCUCGCGCAGCUGAUUUGGUUACGUAAUCCGGCCAGUGCGUGCACUGCUGGCCAUAAUGCACAUAAUUUAGGCCUACCUCCUUCCGUUCCAGCUAUUAUUUAUGUCCCUGAAUAUAGCCUACGCUUUACAAUACAGAAUAUUUGUGAGGAUACAGAUUCAUAUGUACCUUUACCUUCAAUGUGACAUGCAGACUAUAGUCUACUGAAGAGAGAAUAAUUAGGCCUAAAGAAAAAACAUAACCUGAUGUGGCACUGGCUAUGUAAACAACACUGCACAAGACUUCAAAAUCGUUCUUGAAAUAUAUAUGUUUUAAUAUAUCUAGGCCUAAAUGUAUUAUAAAUGUAAAGGCCUGUAUAAUAUGCCACAACAUAGGCAUGCAGGAGAGCAACAUCAGGGGACUGUAUUUAUCAAGCGUUUGAGAGUAAAAUUGCUGAUUUAGGAUCAGCUUUGACUUUAAGAUCAUAAAGAAUAAGAUUACAUGGACCUGAUCCUAGAUCUACUCUGAGACGUUUUAAGAAUAUGGGUCCAGGAAUCCUUACAUGAACCCUGAGGAAAUGACAGGAUUACCCCUAGUGGACAAACAAAGGCUCACAUUGCCCUAUAGCAGCCUGUCUAGCAUUCCUUCUAUUAGGCAAGUUCUCAACACACAACCUCACAAUGAAACACCAAACAAACCACCAUUCAUAAUCAUUGCCCUCAGUGACGGCUAGCCCUUGAAAGUAUACACUUGAUAAAGAGCAGUGUUUUACAUCACUGUGUUCCCUGAUUGAUAGAGGAAAUCCCUAUCAGCACUUGUGAACGAAGAUAACCUGAUUUGUCGAUUGUUGCAUAACCGCAACACACAUUAAGAACACUGUUAGCACUAUUUGCCCUGUGUCACACUAACAAUUAGGGAGUGAAGUUGUGUAAUGACGUUGAGCAAACACCAAGAUAAGGAAUGUCAGCCUAUGUCUCCAGGAAAGUGUCACCUUAUCUGAUGUACAGUACGCUGUGAGUGAUAGGGCACAUGGGUUCUCAGAAUGGGCUGAGGGCCUAAAUAUAUGGAUGUCCUUUACGGGGAGAGCAGAAUGUUCCUCAGUCAGGACUGUCACCGAUAACCAUUGAAUAACCGUAACACAACAUUAUCACCGCUUCAACAACAUUAUCAAUGGUUGUAAUACAUUAGCAGUGCUUUAUCCACCACUGUUUUGGGCUCAUUGGUAUGCGCUGUACAGUCAGCCUACAGUGUGUCUGCUGGGUGGUGCUACAGUAUGAAGCGAGGUGUGUUUGUGGGUGUGUCCCAGUCACAAGUUGUUUGGCUGUAACCAGUCCCGCACAGUAAGGCUGGAACACAAUGUUCUCCCCACUCUCACACUUUCAACCUGUGCCAACCAAUGGAAUGACUUCCUCCUCAGAACAGACGGGCCGUCAGCCAAUCAGGGCCCUUAUUGUUGGACCCCCCCUCCAUGUCCCGAGUGAGCCACAUGCCGACAGAGCCCAUUCUCCACAGGCCUCUCCUCAGUAAUCACUGUACUAGUGUCCCAGUGUCCUGGCUCCAGUGCUAUUUCUACCCAGGUUGUGAGGAACUGGCCUGUGCAUGCGGCUCAAGCCAUAUGCCCCGUCUCAGCGCUAACAAUGCAGUGUGUACCCAGACACACCCUCUGAUUGGCCAUGUGCAGCAGCACAGUCUCUACUCAGUACUCACACUCCAACUCAAUGAGAGUUUGACCUCUAGAGACAAUGCCUACACUGCGCUGCCAGUGGAAAGUGAACUAUGAGAAGUAUGAGGCAUUUGGUACCUGUCUGGAUGUGAGAAGUGGCAUUGUGGUGCUACGUACGGUGCAGUAUGUGGAGUGGUUUGGGCUGGGACAGGGGAUAGUCACUGACUCAUGCAUUCACAGUGUGCGUGUCUAUGGCGUGUGUGCACGUUUGUUUUAGGCCUGUGUGUGCCUGACUAUUUGUGUGUGCUUGCUUGACUACCUCUGUGUGUGUGCAACUGGUUUCAGGCCUGUGUGUGCUUGACUAUUGUAUGUGUGUUUGUACCUGCAUGUACGUGUGAUACCACCCCAGUCCUGUCAGCUGUGGCGUCAGGCGGGUGCUGCCGUAUACCAGUUUAGGUGUUUCAUUCGUCAGCAGAUGUACCGAUACGUAGCUUCACUCCCAAAUGUUACACUUUCACCAAACACCCCACCUUAAUCUGGACUAGCCUACAUAGAACACUAGAUGAAUGUGUAAUAUUAAUAUGUAACUUCCAAGAAUUUCCGAUCCUCAGAAAUGUCCCUGUACAGCAACGUGUAUUAUAGGGACACUGUAUAGAGUAGGUUACAUGUAGCAGUAAGCUUGGGAAAGCAGUAUUAUCCAUUAAACCUGCUUAACCCAGAACUGGUUUAACCCAGUAUUCAGGAAAGACAACAUUAACACAUUAUCCCUUUAACUGGCACACCAAGAAAAAAAAUAGCAGAAACAAUGUUUUGCCAAAUAUGUGUAUUUAGCCUCAAUAUUGGCCAUAAAUGAAUAAUAUAUGUUCGCGUGACUUAAACUUUGAUAUAUAAUACGUCGGAAACAUCUUAACCAGCCUGUUGAGUAGCCUAAUUAGAGUAAACUAAUUUUGUAUUAGAAUUUGCGUAGACUUUUUAAAUAAUAAAAAAAAUGAUACAUUAAUUUACUUUAUGACUGCUUCAUUUACUUAAAAUGGAAGAUAUGCCUAGUUAAAUGAGGACUGAUAUAAAAUAUUAAGAAAAUAUAAUACAUUUGUGUGUCAAAAUGAUAAUGUUUUAGAGGUCAACAACAUUUUACAACCUUUUAAUUUCCCAUUUUAUACACAAUUAGUAAAACAAAUUGUGGUAAAUGAGGUUUGGGUUUGCUCACAUUCACUUCCUGGUUUUCAACCAUCUUUGAAUGGGUGUUUAAAAAAAAUAUGUGACUCUGAUAAUGAAAACCACAUGAUCAUUUUACUAAAUGGCAUUUGUUGAGAUGAUAAAAUAUGACAAACAAUACCGUAGUAUUACCAUAGUAUUGCUAUUAGUAUCUGUCCUGAACAACAAUAGCAAUAUGGAAGAGAUCAGGAUAUAAUUUAUCUUUGCCCUGGUGCUAAUGCAGGCUUGAUAAGUCAGGUUUUGUUGUUUCAGUUCUUAUGCUACAGAUGGUGGUUAUUUGUGUUUUGGUCAUGACAAGCAGCGUCCCUCACCCAACGUCUCACAACGUCACAAAGCCCACCACUCAUGACGUAGCUACCACAUGUAGUGUACAGUCGUGGUCAAAAGUUUUGAGAAUGACACAAAUAUAAAUUUUCACCAAGUCUGCUGCCUCGGUUUUUAUGAUGUCAAUUUGCAUAUACGCCAGAAUGUUAUGAAGAGUGAUCAGAUGAAUUGCAAUUAAUUCCAAAGUCCCUCUUUGCCAUGAAAAUUAACUUAAUCCCCAAAAAAACAUUUCCACUGCAUUUCAGCCCUGCCACAAAAGGACCAGCUGACAUCAUGUCAGUGAUUCUCUCGUUAACACAGGUGAGAGUGUUGACGAGGACAAGGCUGGAGAUCACUCUGUCAUGCUGAUUGAGUUAGAAUAACAGACUGGAAGCUUUAAAAGGAGGGUGGUGCUUGAAAUCAUUGUUCUUCCUCUGUUAACCAUGGUUACCUGCAAGGAAACACGUGCCAUCAUCAUUGCUUUGCACAAAAAGGGCUUCACAGGCAAGGAUAUUGCUGCUAGUAAGAUUGCACCUAAAUCAACCAUUUAUCGGAUCAUCAAGAACUUCAUGGAGAGAGGUUCAAUUGUUGUGAAGAAGGCUUCAGGACGCCCAAGAAAGUCCAGCAAGCGCCAGGACCGUCUAAAGUUGAUUCAGCUGCGGGAUCGGGGCACCACCAGUGCAGAGCUUGCUCAGGAAUGGCAGCAGGCAGGUGUGAGUGCAUCUGCACGCACAGUGAGGCAAAGACUUUUGGAGGAUGGCCUGGUGUCAAGAAGGGCAGCGAGGAAGCCACUUCUCUCCAGGAAAAACAUCAGGGACAGACUGAUAUUCUGCAAAAGGUACAGGGAUUGGACUGCUGAGGACUGGGGUAAAGUCAUUUUCUUUGUUUGGGGCAUCCGGAAAAAAGCUUGUCUGGAGAAGACAAGGUGAGCGCUACCAUCAGUCCUGUGUCAUGCCAACAGUAAAGCAUCCUGAGACCAUUCAUGUGUGGGGUUGCUUCUCAGCCAAGGGAGUGGGCUCACUCACAAUUUUGCCUAAGAACACAGCCAUGAUUAAAGAAUGGUACCAACACAUCCUCCGAGAGCAAUUUCUCCCAACCAUCCAAAAACAGUUUGGUGACGACAAAUGCCUUUUCCAGCAUGAUGGAGCACCUUGCCAUAAGGCAAAAGUGAUAACCAAGUGGCUCGGGGAACAAAACAUCGAAAUUUUGGGUCCAUGGCCAGGAAACUCACCAGACCUUAAUCCCAUUGAGAACUUGUGGUCAAUCCUCAAGAGGCGGGUGGACAAACAAAAACCCACAAAUUCUGACAAACUCCAAGCAUUGAUUAUGCAAGAAUGGGCUGCCAUCAGUCAGGAUGUGGCCCAGAACUGCAUGCCAGGGCGGAUUGCAGAGGUCUUGAAAAAGAAGGGUCAACACUGCAAAUAUUGACUCUGCAUAAACUUAAUGUAAUUGUCAAUAAAAGCCUUUGACACUUAUGGAAUGCUUGUAAUUAUACUUCAGUAUACCAUAGUAACAUCUGACAAAAAUAUCUAAAAACACUGAAACAGCAAACUUUGUGAAGACCAAUACUUGUGUCAUUCUCAAAACUUUUGACCACGACUGUACUCUGACCUUAAGGCAAUGAUACACACUGACCUUCAAAAACCCUUCAGACAAGGUCACACCACUCCAGUGAACAUCCAACCAUAGCCGCAGGAAGUAGGGGUGCUGAGGGUGCUGCUGCAGCACCCCCUGAAAAAUCAGAAUAAAUACAAAAUAUAGCAGUAACUUUUUUGUUUGUUGUUAAAUUGUAUUUUUUCUCAAAAGUAGUGCACUGGUCCUUUACCAGUCCUGUAUUAGCGGACAGAUAUAGCCGUCUGUAGCGCGGGCAAAACAAUGGUAUGUGUUUGGUCCUGUGUCCCUUUAGGUUGUCAUGUGUCAGGGUGUGACUGAGUGAAGAGGGGUUUCUGCUGUGCUCUAACCUGUGUCUCCCUGUCUUUGUCUCAACAGAACUCCAAGAGUCCUCAAGGCCUGGUGGGACUGAGAAACCUCGGCAACACAGUGAGUAAACCAUUACCUCCGCCACUAACACACAAGUCUGUUUUUACACUGUGCUUAUAUCUGGUCUGGUUUGUAGCAGAUCUGAUGUCCACUCUUUGGAAUAUCUAUCCCUGUCACUGAAAAGUGUGUACUUCUUGUCUAAUAAAUCUUCCCUCCUUUUUCUCUCUCUCUAUCCCCCUUCUCUCUCCCUCUAUUUUCUGGUGUAGUGUUUCAUGAACUCGAUCCUGCAGUGUCUGAGCAACACUCCUGACCUGAGGGACUACUGUCUGAGGAACACACACCGCACCGACCUCAACAACAACUGCAGAGCCAAGGCUGCUCUCAUGGAGGGUAAGACACACUACUGUCCAACUGGUUGCACUUGACUUAAGCCUGCAGGUAUAAUGCAUUAUUAGAAUGACAUUAGAAGGGUGUUACCAGCUGACGAAUUCUGGAAAAUUUGACAGUGAGCCAGUGCAGACUAUUUGGUUAAAAAAAAAGAAAGGACAAAAUUGUGUAAAAAAGCACUGAUCAUGUUUGUUAUGCAACAUAAUAAUCAUCCUAAGAAUAUUUAUAGAAUCACCUGAGGGUCACUAUAAUACUGACCUCUAAUUUGUAACGUAACCUGUAUGCUUAAGACUUAUACAAAUUGUGUCUUAAGUUGAUUUGAAACAUAUAGCAGCUAUUCUGUGCAUGUAUACAAAAACACACACACACACGCCACACUGAUCCUCAGACAGGGUUUGGAGAUGGUUAACAUUUGAACAGUAACAGUAGUUCUGUCUACUACCUGAUUAUUAUUCUUCACAUGGCUCACAAGGUAAAAAUCUGUCGUUCUGCCCCUGAGCAAGGCAGUUAACCCACUGCUCCCCGGGCGCCGAUGACGUGGAUGUCGAUUAAGGCAGCCCCCCGCACCUCUCUGAUUCAGAGGGGUUGGGUUAAAUGCAGAAGACACAUUUCAGUUGAAUGCAUUCAGUUGUACAACUGACUAGGUAUCCCUUUCCUUUCUGUCCUUUCCCUGCAAUGUGACCUCUGCUUAACAGUACAAUGGCUAAAAGUGCUCUCAUUUUAUUUUCCCCUCACUCUCUCUCUCUCGCUCUCGCUCUCACUCUCUCUCGCUCUCUCUCUGUCUCUCUCUGUCUCUCUCUGUCUGUCUGUCAUGUUUGUCUGUCAUGUUUGUCUGUCAUGUCUGUCUGUCUGUCUGUCUGUCUGUCUGUCUGUCUGGUCUCUCUCUCUCUCCCUACUCUCCCUCUGUCUUUCUCUCUAACAGAGUUUGCCAAACUCACUCAGACCCUAUGGACGUCAGUCAGCAGCGAGGCCAUCAGUCCCUCAGACUUCAAGACCCAGAUCCAGAGAUACGCGCCCAAAUUUGUGGGAUACAAGUAAGUCUAUUCAGAAAAGGGCUGUGGUCUGAUCUAGUAAUUCAAUUUCUAUGGUCAUAAGUGUGCUGUGAGAAAGUGAGUUCAUUUAGUGUCAUCAUACUCUCCCACCCCCCUCUUUUUCUCUGUCUCUCUCUCUGUCUCUCUCUCUCUCUCUCUCUCUCUGUAAUGCAUUAAUGUAGACAUCUUUUAUAUUAAUUUCUCAUUUUGUGGCUGAGUGGUUGAAAUAACGAGCUUUUGAAAGUAAACAUCUCUCUUUCUCUCUCUCUCCCCCAUCUCUCUGUCUCUCUCUGUCUCUCCUCCAGUCAGCAGGAUGCUCAGGAGUUCCUGCAUUUCCUAUUGGACGGCCUCCACAACGAAGUCAACAGGGUCACAGUGCGGCCCAGGCUCCCGUCCGAGGACAUUGACCACCUGCCGUAAGUCUCACCUGCCGUAGCACCAACCCAGGAGCAUGUUAGUUAGUUUGAACCGUUUUGAAACAGAAAACGACAAUUAGCAUUUCUUAGUCCGUUUCUUCUGUUUGGUGCCUCAAGAACACGAACCUGACAUGUUCUCCUAGGAUUAGACAUGCCUAGACAUGCCUCAUAAUAUUCAGGCUGUUAACUGCCUUUGUAAUGAGUCAUGGUUUAUAGUUUUUUUUUUUUUACCAAGACUGGGUGCCUCAGAUUAAACUCCCCUGGGAUCUUAAAUAGAGAGGAGUGUGUCUGUUGUAGAGGACACCUUGUUUGACUGUAAACUGAAAUGGGAUCUGUGUUUGUCUCCUCCACAGUGACAAUGAGAAAGGGAAGAGAAUGUGGAACAAAUACCUAGAGAGAGAGGACAGCAAAGUGGUUGGUAAGUGACUGAGAACAAGUGUGUAUAUUACAAGUUUGAUGUUCAUUGUGUGUAAUAGUGUAUCUGUUUCGCUGUAUAGAUCUGUUUGUGGGCCAGCUGAAGAGCUCUCUGACCUGCAGUGAGUGUGGCUACUGCUCCACUGUGUUCGAUCCAUUCUGGGACUUGUCACUACCCAUCGCUAAGGUCAGUGUACACACUUGCGCAUGCACACUCACACACAUGCACGCAGGCAGGUAGGCAGGCAGGCACGGACACACACACACACACACACACACACACACACACACACACAGUGAAAGCUGUGUCUGACUGAGGGUGUUUGUGUCCACAGAAAGGUUCAGGGGAGGUGAGUCUGACAGACUGCAUGCGACUCUUCACUAAAGAAGACGUACUGGAUGGAGAUGAGAAACCGGUAAGGGACUAUUGCUAUUGCUGUUGGUGUCUGUGUCUGUUAUUUGAGUAUUUGGUAUUAAAAAUAAUUUUUCUGUGUAUUUGAGUAUUUUCAAAUGCACAGUCCAAAACAAGUGCUUUUAUUUGAGUAUUUGAAUGGUUAUUUGUAAAAACCAAAUAGUCAACCAAAUUGUAUUUAAGAGGAUUUUCAAGUACCUAUUUCAAAUACUAUUUUCCAAUACCUGGGUUAAACUUAUGGGAGUGUAUUUGAGUCAGUGUAUUUGAAUGUUUCAAAUUCUUUCCAAAUGAGUUUCCAAAUACAUUAAAAUGUUCCACUACGUUCUGAAUACUUACUUUGAAUGUAUGUGAAAGUAAUUGAGAUAUUGGAGAUAUUAUUUGAACCCAGGAAGUAGUAAUGUCUGUCAGUGUGAGUUUCCACAUGUAAUGACCAAACCCUCUCUCCCUUUCCUCCUCCAGACAUGCCACAGGUGUAAAGCCAGGCGGAAAUGCACUAAGAAGUUCACCAUCCAGAAGUUCCCUCAAAUCCUUGUGCUUCGUAUCCUUUCUACUACUUCAUAUUAGUGUCCCCAUCAUUGGUUCCCCCAACAAUUAAGUUACUUCCAAUCUAGUAGUACUAGUAGUUGUAAUAGUAGUAGUUGUAGUAGUAAUAGUUGUAAUAGUAAUAGUUGUAGUAUUAGUUGUAGUAAUAGUUGUAGUAGUAGUAGUAGUAGUAGUAGUAGUAGUAGUUGUAGUUGUAGUAGUAGUAGUUGUAGUAGUAUAACUUUAUAGUAGUAGAAGAGUAGCAAUAACACUAUAACCAGAUACAUAGCUAGAAUGAACUGUCAUUUUCAAGGAACUUUGGAGCCAAAGUCGUUGAAAUGUUAUAUAUUUCAAACAGAGUGUAUUAAAAGUCUAUGGUUCUGGCAUCUGGGGUUAACCUACAGUUGAAGUCGGAAGUUAACAUACACUUAGGUUGGAGUCAUUAAAACUCGUUUUUCAACCACUCCACAAAUUUCUUGUUAACAAACUAUAGUUUUGGCAAGUCGGUUAGGACAUCUACUUUGUGCAUGACACAAGUAAUUUUUCCACCAAUUGUUUACAGACAGAUUAUUUCACUUAUAAUUCACUGUAUCACAAUUCCAGUGGGUCAGAAGUUGACUGUGUCUUUAAACAGCUUGGAAAAUUCCAGAAAAUGAUGUCAUGGCUUUAGAAGCUUCUGAUAGGCUAAUUGACAUCAUUUGAAUCAAUUGGAGGUAUACCUGGGGAUGUAUUUCAAGGCCUACCUUCAAAUUCAGUGCCUCUUUGCUUGACAUCAUGGGAAAAUCAAAAGAAAUCAGCCAAGACCUCAGAAAAAGAAUUGUAGACAUCCACAAGUCUGGUUCAUCCUUGGGAGCAAUUUCCAAACGCCUGAAGGUACCACGUUCAUCUGUACGAACAAUAGUACACAAGUAUAAACACCAUGGGACCACGCAGCCAUCAUACCGCUCAGGAAGGAGACGCGUUCUGUCUCCUAGAGAUGAACGUACUUUGGUGCGAAAAGUGCAAAUCAAUCCCAGAACAACAGCAAAGGACCUUGUGAAGAUGCUGGAGGAAACAGGUACAAAAGUAUCUAUAUCCACAGUAAAACAAGUCCUAUAUCGACAUAACCUGAAAGGCCACUCAGCAAGGAAGAAGCCACUGCUCCAAAACCGCCAUAAAAAAAGCCAGACUACGGUUUGCAACUGCACAUGGGGACAAAGAUCGUACUUUUUGGAGAAAUGUCCUCUGGUCUGAUGAAACAAAAAUAUAACUGUGGAAGGCUUGCAAGCCGAAGAACACCAUCCCAACCGUGAAGCACGGGGGUGGCAGCAUCAUGCUGUGGGGGUGCUUUGCUGCAGGAUGGACUGGUGCACUUCACAAAAUAGAUGGCAUCAUGAGGAAGGAAAAUGUUGUGGAUAUAUUGAAGCAACAUCUCAAGACAUCAGUCAGGAAGUUAAAGCUUGGUCGCAAAUGGGUCUUCCAAAUGGACAAUGACUCCAAGCAUACUUCCAAAGUUGUGGGAAAAUGGCUUAAGGACAACAAAGUCAAGGUAUUGGAGUGGCCAUCACAAAGCCCUGACCUCAAUCCUAUAGAACAUUUGUGGGCAGAACUGAAAAAGCGUGUGCGAGCAAGGAUGCCUACAAACCUGACUCAGUUACACCAGCUCUGUCAGGAGGAAUGGGCCAAAAUUCACCCAAUUUAUUGUGGGAAGCUUGUGGAAGGCUACCCGAAACGUUUGACCCAAGUUAAACAAUUUAAAGGCAAUGCUACCAAAUACUAAUUGAGUGUAUGUAAACUUCUGACCCACUGGGAAUGUGAUGAAAGAAAUAAAAGCUGAAAUAUAUUAUUCUCUCUACUAUUAUUCUGACAUUUCACAUUCUUAAAAUAAAGUGGUGAUCCUAACUGACCUAAAACAGGGAAUUUUUACUAGGAUUAAAUGUAAGGAAUUGUGAAAAACUGAGUUUAAAUGUAUUUGGCUGAGGUGUAUGUAAACUUCCGACUUCAACUGUAUGUAGCCAGCUGCCCUAUGAAAGCCAGGUAUAGAAUUGCAUAAUAGCAAUGCUACAAUGCUAUCAAUAUCUAUCAAUAUGGGACUAUGGUAUCAAUAGCUAUGCUACUAUGAUACCAAUAUGUAAGCUACUAUGCUAUCAGUAGCUAUACUGCUAUGCUAUCAAUAGCCAUCUAUGCCACUAUGCUUUCAUUAGCUAUAUGCUUCAGCUGUCCAUGUGCUUAUCCUUGACCGAGCCCCUCUCUCAGACCUCAAGCGCUUCUCAGAGAACCGUGUUCGAAACAGUAAGCUCUCCACCUACGUCAACUUUCCCCUCAAAGAGCUGGACAUGAGAGAAUUUGGCUCUGAGAGCAGUAAGUAGUACUCACACACACACUCAACAAACUCCAUAGAUAGCACUCUGUCUCCCGCUACUUUGAUAUUGUAUUGUUUUUCUUUUUAGAAGUACUUUUAGGGCCAUUUCUAGAGAGUCUUGUGUAGAUAAGACGUUUAUUGACUGGCCUGAUAUACAGUUGAAGUCGGAAGUUUACCUACACUUAGGUUGGAGUCAUUAAAACUUGUUUUUCAACCACUCCACACAUUUCUUGUUAACAAACUAUAGUUUUGGCAAGUCGUUUAGGACAUCUACUUUGUGCAUGACACAAGUAAUUUUUCCGACAAUUGUUUACAGACAGAUUAUUUCACUUAUAAUUCACUGUAUCACAAUUCCAGUGGGCCAGAAGUUUACAUACACUAAAUUGACUGUGCCUUUAAACAGCUUGGAAAAUUCCAGAAAAUGAUGUCAUGACUUUAGAAGCUUCUGAUAGGCUAAUUGACAUAAUUUCAGUUAAUUGGAGGUGUACCUGUGGAUGUAUUUCAAGGGCUACCUUCAAACUCAGUGCCUCUUUGCUUGACAUCAUGGGAAAAACAAAAGAAAUCAGCCAAGACCUCAGAAAAAGAAUUGUAGACCUCCACAAGUCUGGUUCAUCCUUGGGAGCAAUUUCCAAAUGCCUGAAGGUACCACGUUCAUCUGUACAAACAAUAGUACGCAAGUAUAAACACCAUGGGACCACGCAGCCGUCAUACCGCUCAGGAAGGAGACGCGUUCUGUCUCCUAGAGAUGAACGUACUUUGGUGCGAAAAGUGCAAAUAAAUCCCAGAACAACAGCAAAGGACCUUGUGAAGAUGCUGGAGGAAACAGGUACAAAAGUAUCUAUAUCCACAGUAAAACAAGUCCUAUAUCGACAUAACCUGAAAGGCCGCUCAGCAAGGAAGAAGCCACUGCUCCAAUACCGCCAUAAAAAAGCCAGACUACGUUUUGCAACUGCACAUGGGGACAAAGAUCAUACUUUUUGGAGAAAUGUCAUCUGGUCUGAUUAAACAAAAAUAGAACUGUUUGGCCAUAAUGACCAUCGUUGUUUGGAGGAAAAAGGGGGUUGCUUGCAAGCCGAAGAACACCAUCCCAACCGUGAAGCACAGGGGUGGCAGCAUCAUGCUGUGGGGGUGCUUUGCUGUAGGAGGGACUGGUGCACUUCACAAAAUAGAUGGCAUCAUGAGGAAGGAAAAUGUUGUGGAUAUAUUGAAGCAACAUCUCAAGACAUCAGUCAGGAAGUUAAAGCUUGGUCGCAAAUGGGUCUUCCAAAUGGACAAUGACUCCAAGCAUACUUCCAAAGUUGUGGGAAAAUGGCUUAAGGACAACAAAGUCAAGGUAUUGGAGUGGCCAUCACAAAGCCCUGACCUCAACCCUGUAGAAAAUGUGUGGGCAGAACUGAAAAAGCGUGUGCGAGCAAGGAGGCCUACAAACCUGACUCAGUUACACCAGCUCUGUCAGGAGGAAUGGGCCAAAAUUCACCCAACGUAUUGUGGGAAGCUUGUGGAAGGCUACCCGAAACGUUUGACCCAAAUUAAACAAUUUAAAGGCAAUGCUACCAAAUACUAAUUGAGUGUAUGUAAACUUCUGACCCACUGGGAAUGUGAUGAAAGAAAUAAAAGCUGAAAUAUAUUAUUCUCUCUACUAUUAUUCUGACAUUUCACAUUCUUAAAAUAAAGUGGUGAUCCUAACUGACCUAAGACAGGGAAUUUUUACUAGGAUUAAAUGUCAGGAAUUGUGAAAAACUGAGUUUAAAUGUAUUUGGCUAAGGUGUAUGUAAACUUCCGACUUCAACUGUAAGUACUGGCUAGACUGACUGGAUCAUCUGGCUUCAUUGAACUCAGGACAUACGCACACAACCACACACACUCACGCAUACACACACACCCAGUUGAACUGACUUGCUUUGUGUACAGUCUAUAGAUAACCCAUCCUCUUCAUAAAUCAGGCUUAAAACAGACAUUGUUUUUCAAUGAUGUUAGGGGACUGUUGAAACUGAAUGAAGGCCUUAGUGAUGUCAAUGACAUAACACUAAUCUCUCUCUCUCUCUCUGUCUCUCUGUCUAUCUCUGUCUAUCUCUCUCUCUCUCUCUCUCUCUAUCUCUCUCUCUCUCUCUCUCUAUCUCUCUCUCUCUCUCUCUCUCUCUCUCUCUCUCUCUCUCUCUCUCUCUGUGUCUCUCUCUGUCUCUCUCUCUGUGUAGUGAAUGCAGUGUAUAAUCUCUAUGCGGUGUCCAACCACUCUGGGAACACGCUGGGUGGCCACUACACAGCUUACUGCAGGAACCCAACCCUGGGGGAGUGGUACAGCUACAAUGACUCCAGGUAUGUGAUGAUGCCAUGAUGUCCCCUCCACCCCAUAUACAUUGUCAUAAUAAAAAUUUUACGUCAUUUAGCAGACGCUCUUAUCUUGGAGUACAGUUUGCUACUAUAUCAGAGUCAAGGCUCUGUGUUCUGUUUGUUCCUUUUCUGUUUGUUAAUGUCUGUGUGUGUAUCACGCUACACUGAGUGUACAAAACAUUAGGAACACCUUCCUGAUAUUGAGUUGGACUCCUUUUUGCCCUCAGAACAGCCUCAAUUCGCAAGGUGUCAAAAGCGUUCCACAGGGAUGCUGGCCCAUGUUGACUUCAAUGCUUCCCACAGUUGUGUCAAGUUGGCUGGAUGUCCUUUGGGUGGUGGACCAUUCUUGAUACACACAGGAAACUGUUGAGUGUGAAAAACCCAGCAGCAUUGCAGUUCUUGACACACAAACCAGUGUGCCUGGCACCUACUACCAUACCCCGUUCAAAGGCACUUAAAUAUUUGUCUUGCCCGUUCACUCUCUGAAUGGCACAGAUACACAAUCCAUGUCUCAAGGCUUUAAAAUCCUUCUUUCACCUGUCUCUUCCCCUUCAUCUACACUGAUUGAAGUGGAUUUAACAGGUGACAUCAAUAAGGGAUCAUAGCUUUCACCUUGAUUCACCUGGUCAGUCUAUGUCAUGGAAAGAGCAGGUGUUCCUAAUGUUUGGUAGACUCUGUGUAUAUUUCUAUAUAUGUGUGUGGGUGUGUCUGUAUGCUCUAAUUAACACACUUCUUCUCUGUGUCCUUACAGGGUGAGCCCCAUGUCGUCCAGCCAGGUCCGCAGCAGUGACGCCUACGUGCUCUUCUACGAGCUGGCCUCCUCCUCUCAUUCACGCCUGUGA